UCUAGCCGGAUGCCAAUUGGAGAACCUCAUUGAUUUCUUAAGCCCGAUAACAAUUUAUUUGGUUUGGACGCACAAUUUGAAUUUGCAAGUAAUUUGUUUGAACAAGGAAUGCAUGGGACAAUCUGCGCCACAAGUGCAAAGCGAUCGAGAGGUGAGCGCCUCAAGCACAGUCGCAUCGAAAACGGUUUUGCACUUUGUGACGUCAUAUAACGAGCGGAGAAACAAACAACUGGGGUAUUGUUGGCACGGAAGUCUAAGAGGAGAUCGAAGCUGUCGAACUCAAGGGCAAUAAACUGCCAUAACAACCUCAGAUCUUUCUAGCAAAAAAGCGUGGCUAGAGAGAGUGAUAUAGUGAUAUUACCGCGCGAACUGCGAGUUUGCGCCACACUAUACCAUGAGCAACCUGUCGUCGGUUCAAUUUGCGGCGACGAACGCAAAUUCCGCGAACUCGACAGAAUACAGCGACGACUACCUCAGCAGUACCUUGCCUUUCUUGAUCACUCUGUUCUUGCUAAUCGUCGCUACCCUUCUCAGUAACUCGUUCGUGUUCUUCGCCGUGUAUUCUUUCCGUGAGUUACGUACCGUGACGAACAGUUUCGUGAUCUCGCUCGCGAGCGCUGACGUGUCUGUGGCGCUGCUAGCUAUGCCGGCAUGGAUGGUUACUAACGUGAUUCAACACCGACCUGGGACUUAUGAGGCGUACGCUUUCGACUUGGGCACAAGAUGGAUUGACAUCUUUUGCUGCUCCGCGUCGAUUUUUAACGCGACUCUGGUCUCGUUUGAUCGAUACCUAGCCAUUAACAAGCCACUGCACUACCGAGUGGUUGUUACUAAAUACCGCGCGUACAAAGCUAUAGCGGCGACCUGGGGGGCCGCCAUGAUUGUCACCGCAAUUUCCUUCAUCCAGUAUCGGGACAACGCGUCGACGUAUGGCUGGGCGAUCUUCAUGUUUAUAACCAUCCUGUGUAUACCACUAAGUGUCAUGGGCUUUGCGUACUUUAGUAUAUACCAGGCGGCGAUAGCUCAGCUCACUAAGAUGGCCUCAAUGCGCCUAAGCACCCCUCUUGGUCGCGCCAAUAGCGUGAAUAAGGCGGCGAGCGCGAACGCCAGACGCAAAAGAUUUUACCAAGAACUGCGGAUUACAAAGACAUUAGCGUUAAUCGUGUCUCUUUUUGUGGUGGCUUGGGCGCCGUAUCUAGUGAUGGUGAUGGUGGAAACAUUUGACUUAACAGUUGUCGUACCUCGGCCUUUGUCAGACAUCAUACUGUGGCUACCACACAUCAACUCCUGCGUCAAUCCAUGGAUCUACACAGGGAUAAACAAGGAUUUUAGAAAGGCCUUCAAGACGCUAUUUUGUGGCAGUGAUGGGAUCUGUAAUUACUGGCAAAGGCAGAGGGGAAUUGGACAAAGGCAGAGCUCGUUUUCUGCAGAGGACUCGACUCUUGUCAGGCGAAGCCGCACAGUUCCUACCACAUCUUCGACAGAGAACGCGCGCGAGUGGAACUGCACUUCAAUCUAACACAAACACAAUUCCGGAAUAGUAUUGCACGUAUAGAAUAGCUUAAUAAUAAAACAAGUACGAAUCCCUUUUUAUUAUCGCACGAUUGUCUUUUUUUAUCUUUACAUCAAGUAACCAUUCAUGGCUGAAAAAAGCUUAGUUUCUUCGAGUGAAUAAAACCUUAAAUUUCAAUUUAAAUUCCAAUUGAAAAUGCUAAAAAAAUCCAUAUUUUUCUUAUCGAAACUCAUCCACGCCGCAGGGAGCAUAGCUAGCAUAAACAGCGCUGCUUCAGAGCCUUUUCAAAACUGCGGAUAUAAAAUGCUUAAAAGGGAAAAUACUAUAGCCGAGACGAAUAAUACUCCAGCAUUGUAUAGCUUUAUUUGUUUUAAUAUCGGUUGCUAGCUUGCAACGUUCAGCUGUGCGCGCUCCGAAAUGCCCUCAUGGUGGUACGAAGCGCGCCAAAUAGAUCCGGUGAACUGCUGAUCUAUACCGGCAACAACACUCUGACAGUUGUUGAGCUGAACAGCGUGCUUAGAGGAUUGCGUGCUGCCUUCCUCUUCACUGAUCAAAAUAACCAGAAAAGCUGAACAAAUCUCAAUAUUGUUCCCUGGGCUAUGUGGCGGGCUUAUCUCGGGGUGCAUAGUGCUCGAGGAUAUAUUAAGGCAAGAGAGUAGAGGCUAUUAUCUCGUAAACUUAAAUCAAAUCAAUCGAGCCUUCUCCGCAGAGGAAAGCGAUAAUAGAUGACCGUCUUAUCAGAUGAAUACAAAUGAAUCUUGCAACCAAAUGAAACAGCAAAUGAAUUGA